AUGCGCUGUAUAGACACAUGCCCGAGUAGACAGUCCUUUUGCUCUGCGCUUCUCGUAGUUCUAUCAGCCUUACACCCCCUAGACGGCAGCGGCAGCCGUCGAGUUUGCUGGUUUUCUCCCGAUGCUUCAUCACGUGUCACUGCAGCAGUGGCUGCGGCAGUGACAUUUGGCGCUGCAGCUGCUGUUAAAGACUCUGCAGCUGCAGCAAAAGCUGCUGCAGCUGCUGCAGCAUUGCAGACGACUAUACCAGAGACACCAGGCAAGGCGCAGCGCACAGCAGCAGCAGCAGCAGCAAACAGGAUCCCAUACAGACAGCAGCAGCAGCCACAGCAGCAGCAGCAGCCACAGCAGCAGCAGCAGCAGCAGCAGCAGCAGCCACAGAAGCUGCGGCAAGAACUGUCUGGCUCUGCUGCCUUUGCAGAAGCGUAUGAGACGCUGGAGCAGCUGUUGCAUGCGGAGUGCCCAGCAUACGCGGCUCGACUCGCGGAGGAGCAGCAGCAGCAAGAUCCACUGGAAAUCCCCGUGUGGCUUGGAGCCUUGGCUAAGAAAAGCUGGAUUCACGUCUUGAGGGAUGGUGCCACGAGCUUGUUCUAUCAGCAGCAGGAGCAUGGUGCGUUGGUGAUCGGCAGCUUUUCUCCCUCUCUCGCAUUCUUCUCCCUCGUUGCUGCUGAUUUCCCUGGUAAUGGCUGCCGCCAUGCUCGCUCGCUCGCAUCACCAGCAGCAGCAGCAGCAAAGAGAGCUGCCGCUGUUGCCUUUGCGCAUGCUUCGCGCGCAAGCGACCAGGCUUUUGACUCCUACCCAGCCUUGUGGCUGGUCGGAAGUGCCUGCCUCGCCUUCCUGAUUCUCAGUCGCCUCCUCUUUGGGCAGUUCUUCCCCAUAUGCGGGCUGAACAGCAGCAGCAGCAAGACGCUGAAGCAGCAAGAGACGGCAGCGGCAGUCGCGCUGCAGGCAUUUCUGAAGCAGCCGCAGAUGCAGUCGCUCUUCGUGCAUGCGAAGAAAACUUCGCUGUGCUGCCAGAGUUUCGCAGCAGCAGCAGGCUCCGCCAGCUCUCCCCCCAGCGGCAGAGCGUCGUCAGCCACGUCGGCUGCUGCUUCCAGCCAGGAAGCUCCUGCUUUUCAGCGUGUGCAGGAGCAGCUUACCCACUUCCUCGAGCAACACCAGCAGCAGCAGCAGCUGCAUCAACAGCAGCUCCUCAAUCAAGCGCAGCAGCUCUCCGAGGCUGUAGAAGCGCAGUCACGAUUUGCGCUGUUCAUGGCUCAAAUUCUGAAGCACAUGUCGAUGAGUGGAAGCCAAGCGGGGGCUGAGAUGGACUUGCCAGAAUUUAUUUCCAAGUCACAGCAACAAGGAAACGGCAGCAGCUUGGCUGUUGCUGCUCUUGAUCUCUUCGAUAUGGUGUCACCUCGGCUCUCUCAGCAAGAGAACUACGAGCUGUCUGCACUGCCUCCCCUGCAGCAACUUCAGCCCUCAAGUCAACAGCCUCAACAGCCUCAGCAGCUACAAGACACGCAGCAGCACGCGCUGCAUCAUCCGCAGCAGCACCCUGGAGCUCAAUUCUCAGUGGUACCCCCCCCUCCAGCCGCUGCAGAAGCGAGCGACAGAUUUCUGGAGACUUCUCACGACUCCACGCCAAUGAGGCGCUCAAGCCUUGAACGACCCUCAGUGGAAGGCAGCCACGCAGCCUCUGUUGGAGGCGGUCCCCCUUCAGCAACUCCGACAAAUGUCUCGCAAGUCGAGACGUCCUCUGCGGGAGACAACGCUGCAGACUUCGUCUCUGGCGCAUUCCCCAUGCCGCAGCA